UUUACUUGACUUCAAGUAAUUCAAUAUUUAAGAUUCGUGAUUCAUCUUAAGCGUCUUUUGCCAUUUCACUCUUGUUUUGAAUACUCGACUUUCACUACAAAAAAUCAUGAAUUUUAUCCAACUGUGUUUCUGUAUCUUUUUAAUUUCCAUUGGCAAAGCAUCAAGUCAAACAUGUCACCUUCGAGAAUUGGAUUUAUGUGCAGCAACUCUUCUAGUGUUUACCCAAAACCCUUCAGGAAUCGCCACAAAUGAUGUUGAGCUUGAUAAACAAUGUGGUUACUUGAAAGAAGCUGACAUGUGUUUGAAAAAUUUCACGCGUAAAUGUGCGACUUCACUUCAACGGGAUCUAAUAACAUUCAUUACGGAAGGAAGCACAAGAUUAUUGAAUGAAUAUUGUACCAGUGGAAGCCAAUUGCGACAAAGUUACCUUAAACACUCGGAGUGUCUUAACCAAGCCACACAAGCAAACCGUAAAACGUGCAUCAAAGACUUGCAGUUAGCUUUAGAGACGGUUUCACAAGUUGAUUGGGAUCAACGUAUUCCUACAGGUUGUUGUGCUUAUCGUCGAUUCCAAGAAUGUACAGAGACUCAAGUUGAAGCAAAAUGUGGAUCGGAAGCGGUUGAGUUUAUGGACAUAAUCCUACGCAUGUCUUUGUCUCGCUUACCAGACAUUGUUUGUCCCUCUUACAAUCCCAAGACAGACCAGUGUAAAGCCUUAUUACCAGAAUCUGGAGCAACACCCAAAGGACCCAAAAGCAACAGUGUGCUUUCCCGUCUCUUCUCGGCUUAUACUGGACUCUAAUAAUUACUGUCGUUUGGAUUGAAUCCAGGAAAAAGCACCAAUGAAGCUGUAAUGCUAAUAUCAUGAUAAUUUGUGAUUAUCUCUUGAUCCAUUCAUUUUUUGGAAUCGCCCUUCUUGACAUCAUAAUUAUUUUAAUCUUCACGACUGAUUUGUGUCCAGUUAAAUCUAAUUCACUCUUCAAGUCAAUAUUUGGAUGUCGAUUAAUUCUGGUUGAACAUUGUUUGUGUGAUUAUUGUUUCAUUUUAACUAUAAAAUCAUUGCUCAAAGUAAUUGUAAACAACAUAAAAAGUGUAAUUGUUUUUCUCGAAGAUAACUCAUAAUCAUGUCUGAACGAUCAGAUUCCCUGUAAUCUGCUAUUCGAUCGGUAAAUUAUCUAAUGAACAUAAUCUGUGUAAAUAUUGAUCACGUUUUUCAAGUUGGGAAUUAGUUACUUUUUGAUGUUCCUUUUGAAUUUCAAUUUGAAUUUACAUCGUAUUUUUGCAUCUAAAAUUGCUAAUUUACAUCAUAAGAGUAUAAAUAAGCAUUGAUUGUCUCAUUAAAAUGAUCAUUUAUUGUCAAUAUUGACUGUCAUUGUUAUGUAAUGCAAUUAACUGUCAAAGUUAUAAAAGUAGGAGAUUAAAAUUACAAUAAUUAUGGCCAUAAACACUGUUGAUUGUGAGCUUAUCAAAUUGAAUUCACUGUUUCAGUAAAUGGGUUUAUCCAAAGACCAUCAUUAACAGUUUUCACUAAGAUUCUGGUUGUAAUGUUAAAAUUGUCAUCAUUUCAUCUAAUCUCACUUUGUAUUGUUAAUUUAAUCCAGUCAAGGUAAUGAAUAAUCCUGGUAAUUACGUUUCAUCACGAUCAUCUUCAUCUAUCCCAAUGAAACAAUGUCAUUAUUUUAUCAUCGCACCAUUUCUAUUCAUUUUCACACAAUUAAGAAACCUCUGAUGUUAUCAAGACAGACAUCGCCAUUGCUUCCAACAAACACCUUGACAGUGAAACUUUAACUUUAAAAUUUGCUAAGCAAAUCAUGAAUUGUAUUAGACUUUCAAGUCAAGAAUAGCUGAAUAUUAUGUCCGUUUUAUGGAUAACUUCAAAUCAAGAGAAAGAAAGAGUUGGCGUUUGAAUUGUUCAAUUGAUUGAAUUGAUUAUUCAAACCAAAAACUAGGUUUGAUCAACCAAAUAAAUGUUUAUUUCCUGGAGAAACAGUGAACACUGAAAUCUCAAAUUGAUCCAGAAGCAAAUGUGGCAAAGUUGACACAAUGAUGAGGAUAGGCGAGUGGUUUGCUCAUGGUUGACCUAAAAUUAGGCUGUAAAACUGUGAAGUCCCGAUGAGUUUAUCAAUUUGGCCAAGUUUAUCCAACUGCAGUUUCUUGGAUACCAUUUGACUUUGGGGAUUGAAUGCGUAAAAAACGGUUUUUAUUUACCGAAGUUGACAUUAUUGGAUUGGGUCUAUUUAGGACAUCAAACUAGGUUGGCUUAAUGUAAAGAGGAAAGCGUCUUUUAAAAUUGGUCAAUUCAAAACAACGGAUAGCAAAAAUGUAUCUUAAUUUGAAAGUGAAAGUUCAUUUUUGAACAAAUGAUAUUUAAAUCAAAAAGUUCACAAUCACGCUUAAGUGUUGAAAAUCAACAGAGAACUAUUAAAUUGAUAAGAAACCUACAGUGUGUUGUUAUCAUUGAUAUAAAAAUUAUUUCUGUUCUAUUCUUGGCUUGGAAUCUGUACUGCAAUAGUAACCACUGAUCAUUUGAUAUCAGAUUCUGAAUAAAAAAGAGAUUUUUUUCUCACAAAUGUUAGUGAUUGUUGAAGAAUGGUUAGAGUCUACGUGACAGUCAGCUAAUUAUUGAGUCUCUUUGUAAAUCUUAUGUUAAGUUUUGUCGACUGAAUGACAAUUGGUAACAAGAAUGGCAACUUAAUCAGAAUAGCUAAUCAAAAUGGCUGGAAAUUGUUUCAAGUAAGCUUCAAUUCAAAUGUAUAUUGAGAUAAAAAAUUGAGUCUAAAGAUUGAAAUAUUAAUAAAUAAGCUUGCAUAGCAAAAGUGUGUAAAACCAGAAUCAAGGGAAAAGCCUGGAAAAAAAUGUCUAGUAACUCACUCACAAGGCAUAAUCAAUGAUACAAUGAGGCGAAACAUCAGUUUACAGCUUAUGUUGUGUAAUUUAUCAUUGUGUAAUUAAUAAAACAAAAAGUGUUGAACAAAAAUCACGCAAAGACAAAGGUUUAAGUUUCAGUUUAUACAGUCUAUGAGAAUAAUCAAGACAAGUGAGACGAUAAAUCGAUAGAUUACUGGGACAAUUUGUCAUAUGUCUUUUUUCAAUCCGUGGCUGAAAAAACUAUCACAAAUUAGAUACAGAAAGAGUUGAAAUGGAGAGAGAGAAAAGGACGAAGACGAGAGAAAGAGAAAGAGUAAGUUGAUGCAAUCAAUAGAGUAACUAACGCCUUAGUUACUCUUACAUUAGAGUCUUACUCCAAAAAGAGUGAAUAAACCCUUUUCAGGGUAAUAAACUUUUUCAACAACCUGACCUGAAGUAUUAGGUACGAAAAGAGGAGGGAAAAGGAUGGAAGAGCAGACAAGAAUGAGUAAGAGGAGAGAGAGAGGAAGAAAAAAAGAAAAAAAGUCAAGCUUAGUGGAGGAAAGAUGGUGGGGAGAAACAGAAGAGUGA